UGUCAGUAAGCGCUGUACUGCCGUGUUAAGACGACAGUUCACUUUACCUUCCGCUGCUAACUGGAGUGACCAAACCGUUAGUGCCAAAAGAUGUUUCUAGCAAAGAAACUUAUUGGAGGCAUUAUUGAUGUGGUCAGCAAUAUCGACCCCGGCCAGUUUGUGCCUUCAGAUCCUCCCCCACCCCGCAGACCCCUAGCUUAUGCUGAGGCCAAUGAGUCUGAGGAAGAGAAGCAAUUCCGCAGAGUGUUCCAGCAGCUCGCUGGCGAAGACAUGGAAGUAAGCCCCAAUGAACUGAUGAAUAUCCUUAACAAAAUUGUUUCCAAACAUAGUGAUCUGAAGACCGAUGGCUUUUCCAUCGAGUCCUGUAGAAGUAUGGUGGCUGUCAUGGAUAGUGACAGCACAGGUAAACUGGGCUUUCAUGAAUUUAAACAUCUCUGGAACAACAUCAAGAAAUGGCAGGGCGUUUAUAAGAGUUAUGACAGAGAUCACUCGGGAACUAUUGGAGCAGAUGAGCUUCCAGCUGCCUUCAGAGCUGCAGGUUUCCCUUUGAAUGAUCAGCUCUUUCAGAUGAUUAUUCGCCGGUAUAGCGAUGAGACUGGAAACAUGGACUUUGAUAAUUACAUUGGCUGCCUUGUGAGACUUGACGCUAUGUGCCGUGCCUUCAAGACCCUAGACAAAGACAAUGAUGGCACAGUCAAGGUCAAUGUUCAGGAGUGGCUGCAGCUGACAAUGUACUCUUGAGUGAUGUGAAGCCCUGCAAUCAGUUCAGAUCGAAACAAUCCGUUUAAUGCUUCUAUGCAAUAUUAACUUUCUGCUUUACACCGCUCCCUCUCUUGUUUCUCUCGCAGUUUUAUCACUAAUUCCAGAGAAAUAGCCACUGGGGUAAUCUGGGUCACUCUACUGUGCCAUUGUCUUUCUCUAAGGUUUACUUCUACCUUAUUUCCUUUUUUCUUUUUUUGUGCGUGUAGCCCAUUAAUAGCAUUGUUUAACACAAAGCUAACCAAAGAAAGAACUUUACGAGAAAUGUGUCAGAAAAUUAACAAAUAUGCUCUAAUGAAGAGUCUAGGUGCAGUCACAAAUAUGCAAAACUGUAUCUCAUAUUCUUGUUGUCAGUUGGUGCCAUUUUGCAUGAGGCCAAUGGGGGGGGGGGGGAAUAUUGCCACGUAUUAAUCAUGAAAAUCUGAUGUCAAAUGCUAUUUUAUAUCAAAUAAACAAAUUAUAAAGUGA